CCAGCCCUGGAGACGCACACGCUUCUGGAAUCUCAUGGCGGAGGUGGCAUGCCACACGCUGCCGGUGCUCCUGGCGGCCUCCCUGGCCCGGACCCAGACCCGCGCUGGCUCACACUCCCUGCGGUAUUUCUACACUGCCAUGUCCCGGCCCGGCCUUGGGGAGCCCCGUUUCAUCGCUGUCGGCUACGUGGACGACACGCAGUUCGUGCGCUACGACAGCGACGCGGAGAAUCCGAGGAUGGAGCCGCGGGCGCCGUGGAUGGAGCGGGAGGGGCCGGAGUAUUGGGAGGAGGAGACACGGAGAAUCCAGGAAACUGAGCAGUGGUUCCGAGUGGACCUGAGGACCCUGCGCGGCUACUACAACCAGAAGGAGGACUGUCCUGCAGGCUCUCACACCAUCCAGAGAAUCUUUGGCUGUGACGUGGGAUCGGACGGGAAACUCCGCCACGGGUAUGAUCAGCUCGCCUAUGAUGGCCUCGAUCACAUCGCCCUUAAAGAAGACCUGAAAAAGUGGACGGUGGCAGACAAGGUGGCAUGGAUUACCAGAAGCAGGUUGGAGCAGACUGGUGAAACAGAGAGACGCAGGGCCUACCUGGAGGGUGAAUGCGUGGAGUCUCUCCACAGAUACCUGGAGCUUGGGAAGGAGAAGCUGCUGCCCUCAGAUCCCCCAAAGGCACAUGUGACCCUUCACCCCAGACCUGAAGGUGAUGUCACCCUGAGGUGCUGGGCCCUGGGCUUCUACCCUGCUGACAUCACCCUGACCUGGCAGUUGAAUGGGGAGGACCUGACCCAGGACAUGGAGCUUGUGGAGACCAGGCCUGCAGGGGAUGGAACCUUCCAGAAGUGGGCAGCUGUGGUGGUGCCUCUUGGGAAGGAGCAGAGUUACACAUGCCGUGUGGAGCAUGAGGGGCUGCCUGAGCCGCUUUCCCAGAGAUGGGAGCCUUCUCUAUCCACCGACUCCAACAUGGAAACCAAUGUCAUUUAUGUCGUCCUUGGAGCUGUGGCCAGCAUUGGAGCUGUGGCCAUCAUAGGAGCUGUGGUGACUGUUGUGAGGAGGAGGAGGAGAAACACAGAUUGUGAAGCAUGAAGACAGCUGCCUGGAGUGGACUGAGUGACAGACGAUGUGUUCAGGUCUCUCCUGUGACAUCCAGAGCCCUCAGUUCUCUUUAGACACCAGUGUCUGAUGUUCCCUGUGAUUCUAUGGCUUCAGUGUGAAGAACUGUGGAGCCCAGCCUGCCCCUGCACACCUGGACCCUGUCCCUGCACUGCCUGUGUUCCCUUCCACAUUCAGCCUUGCUGGUCCAGCCUAGGGUUCAGGGGUGGGGACAUCUGCAUCCUGUCCCCCUGUGCCACCCUGAGCUUCAGCCCCUCACUUCCACACUGAGAAUAAGAAUCUGAAUGUGAACUUGAUUGUUCACAUCCUUGACACAAGUGUGGAUGGCUUUUUAAAUUACUGGAUGGAAUACUUAGAGGUUUUUUGUUUUGGGGUUUUGCUUUGUUUCGUUUUGUUUUUGAAAAAAAUAAUUGGCAGAUGGAGAAGCUUCCA